CGACCUGUUAAAAUGGAUGAUUACACCAUUAAUAGAGAGAGAAGGGAGGGUGCUAGAAUAUGCAUUGAACUUGAUUUAUCAGUCUCACCUCCACCAAAGCUUCAUAUCUGAAUGGGGGGAAAAGAUUUCUUUACCAACUGUUCGUAUGAGGAUAAGCCACUUUUCUGCAAUCCUUGCUCACUCUUGGGUCAUAAGGAAAGCCAACACAAUGAUGCUCAAAAAUCUCAGGAUACCGGAAAUCUUCCCUCCGGCAAGGUUUCAGGGGGCACUGCCAAAGGGAAUGGUGAACAAUGGCAAACGGUCAAAAACAAGAAGACAAAAGUACAACUCCAGUCACAAGCAGACAGAACCAAUGGAAAAACAGUGCAGCAUGGGCCCAAAAAAUUUGAGUGGAAAGCUAAAAACACUAAACUCCAUCCUAAUAGGUUUUCCCCUCUAAACCUGAUGGAUAACACUGUCACACAGUUGGGCCCAACCAUAAUGGAUCCCAUGCAGCAAGAGUCCCCAUCCUGUCAACUCUUGGAUUUACAACCCCUGGUUAGUACCUCCCCAGGAGAAAAAUCCUCCUCCUUUUUUCCCUCCCUCCAGGAAGCAAAGGAGUAUUUCUACAAGAAAACAACCUACAUGAAGGAUAAGCCACAACAGGUGAAAGGUGAUAGGAAAAAUACACCUUUUAUGGGAUCAACAUACUCAUUGGAUGACUGUCUUCAUAAUCUUUCCCCUGAAAAAGGUUUAGCAAUGUUAGUGGAAGAACUUCAACAUUCCACCCAAACAGAAGAUGAAGAAAAUCAUACAGAGAUGGUCAGGCACUCAGAUGAUGAUGAAGUUGAAUAUGUUAGAGACUCAUCAGAGCUAAAGCCACAAAGCUUUAAAAUACCAGAAGUUAAUGCCAUUCCAAUCUCUGCCCCCAGGAGGAAGAAAAACAAGAAGGAUGGACCCUUAAUGACGAUUGUUACAAGAAACAUUCAUCUUACCUUAUCCAAUAUUGAGGAGGAUGUUCAGUGGGUCAACUGUGAUCUUAUGGACACCAUCACAAAGGAAAAUCUUAGAAUAACAACUGUCUAUGGGAGACAUACUGGUCAGGAAAAGAGGGAAUUAUGGGCUGGAUUAGUCAAGCUCAUCCCUAUAAGUAAAUGGAUUGUGGGGGGAGACUUCAACACAGUUGCAGACUACUCAGAGCAUGAAGGCAAAAAUCAUCCCAACGCUAGAGACAUGGAGGAAUUCAAAGCUUGCAUCAGCUGUUGUGGUCUCACUACUCCCCACACAAUAGGUUCUUUGUUUACUUGGUCGAGUAAUAGAAGUAAUGGCAGGGUCAUGAGGAGACUUGAUAGGGUUUUGGUCAACAACAAGAUGCUGGAGGAAUUUGAAGAUAUCUCUAUCAUGCAUCUUAGCAAAACAUCCUCAGACCAUAAACCCUUACUCCUCCAGUGUAAGAAGGAACCUUUGGGAGGCCUUAAGCCAUUCAGAAGGAUUGUGGACAGCCAAGGGAAAGAGCGCACAGAUAGAGAGGUUAUUCAUAAUAUGGCUAUUGACUACUACAACAAUCUCUUCAACUCUAAGAAAGAUAUUGUUACUGCUCCUGUUCUUGAUUACCUGGAGACAGUGAUUACACAGGAGGACAAUGCCAAGCUCAGCAAAAUACCAACAGCAGAGGAGAUUAGGGAGGCAGUGUGGAGUAUUAAUCCUAACAGUGCUCCCGGCCCGGAUGGGUUCAAUGGAUCCUUCUUUAGGGCAGCAUGGCAUAUUAUUCAAAAUGAUGUGAUAAGUGCUACACAGGAGUUUUUCAUUGGGAUCAAUCUGCCAAAGAGUUAUGGUAGUACUUUUCUAUCAUUGAUCCCUAAGAUUGAUAAUCCUAAGAGCUUUGGAGACUAUAGGCCCAUUUCACUCUCCACCUUCAUGAGUAAAGUAAACACUAGAAUACUUGCAGACAGGAUUCAACAGUUGCUACCCAAGAUUAUUUCUUCAGAGCAGACUGGCUUCCAAACAGGGAUGGGGGUUGACGAACAAAUACUUUUGGUGGAAGAGAUGGUUCACAAGAUUGAUUCUAAGAUCAGAGGAGGCAAUGUCAUUAUCAAAUUAGAUAUGGCCAAGGCUUUUGACAACUUGGAGUGGGACUACAUCCAGGGGAUCUUAAAGAAACUUGGGUUUUUAGAACACAAUCAAGGACUUCUCCUAGCUAACCUCAGGGGUACACACAUCUCCAUAAUGAUUAAUGGGAGCCCUAAAGCUGAGAGCUCUGUUAGGGACUUACCUCAAGGGAUCUGGUCAGGAGAUUAAUCUCAGCAAGAGCAAGUUUUAUUGUGGGAAGGGAAUAAAGCAAAGAAAUAUUG